AUGGGUGGUUGUGCCGGAAAAACGGUGGCGACAACCAAACCGGCUUCUCAGCCGACUCCUGAAGAAACGCCAAGGCCAAAAACACCACCAUCCGCGCAACCGAACAACAACAACCCCUGCUUCAUUGCGUUAUUUGAAUACGAAGCCAGAACCGACGAUGAUCUCAGCUUCAAAAAGGAUGAGGUGCUGGAGAUUCUCAACGACACGCAAGGCGAUUGGUGGUUCGCACGGCAUAAAACCACUGGGAAAACCGGCUACAUACCAAGUAACUACGUGGCCAAGGAGAAAAGUAUAGAAUCACAACCAUGGUACUUUGGUAAGCUACGGCGAUUGGACGCCGAGAAGGCUUUACUUCAGCCAGAAAAUGAGCACGGAUCAUUUCUAGUACGGAAUUCGGAAAGUCGACAGAACGAUUUGUCAUUAUCAGUUCGGGAAGAUGACUGUGUGAAACACUAUCGAAUUCGUCAGCUAGAUCAAGGAGGCUAUUUCAUCGCUAGACGUCGGCCGUUCAGUACCUUAGAAGACCUCAUCGCUCACUACUCAAACGAUGCAGACGGUCUUUGUGUGCAGCUGACAAACCCAUGUGUGAAGUGCGAAGUGCCACAGACAUCUACUUUUACCUACGACGAUCAAUGGGAAAUCGAUCGACGCUCGGUUCUCUUCAUCAAACAAAUCGGGGCCGGUCAAUUCGGAGAGGUCAGUUUUCCUCGUCACACAUCAGUCGUCUGUCCCCAACGGCCCCGCCCAAGCCGUGCGAGUAGCUAA